AUGGACUCCGUCAAGCGCCGCCGCGUUGACGCUGUCGACCGGCUUGGUGACCUACCGGACUGCCUCCUGCACUGUAUAAUAUCGUUGCUCGGGUCACGGCAGGCCAGGCAGACGAGCGUGCUGUCCCGGCGGUGGAGGCACCUUUGGCGCGAGGUGCGCUGCGCCGUGAUCGACGAGAGGGAGUUCGCCGACGACCAGUGGGAGCGCUUCGAGAACUUCGCCGACCACAUGCUGUCGUCGCUCCCGGCGGCGGUGGAGCUCGACGCCUUCCGCCUGCACCUGGUCAGCAGCAGGGACGGUCACCGCGGCGACAUGUUCUCCGACAGGUGGGUCCGCCGCGGCCUCCAACGCUUCCCGGCCACCGUCGACAUCAGCACCGCUCACGACGGCACCGUAUUCUGGAAGCCGCACGCGUCGAUCGUGUACUCUUAUGCCGCUGCCCCCGCUCGCCGGCAGCCGGACUUGUCGUCCGCAGGCUUAUGUGCCGCCGGCUUUACCAGGCGCCUGACGACGCUACGUCUCGUCGGAGUCAACCUGGUACCUGGUUUUGUGGAAGGCCUCGGCAGGUACUGCCCGGUCCUCGAGGACCUCCACAUCGAGAGGUGCAGGAUGGAUAAGCUCCACGCCGUCGCGUCCCCGACGCUCAAGAGCCUCACAGUCAUCGAUCCCCGUUGCAUCCUCGCUGGGGCCGAGCUCAAGCUCGCGGUUCCCUGCCUUGCCUACCUGCUCCUCGAGAUUCCGUACGACGGGUGGGACUGCUACUGUGUCGCCGGAGCGGCCGCACCAGAGCUACUGUCGCUCGCCGAUGCUUCGAUCCGGCUCACGCACACGAGUUACAACGGGCCGCCGAACCAGAGAGCACGAAAGAAACGUAAACUCGAGUUCCUCAAGUCCAUGUGCAGCUUCCUGGCCCUCAUCCCCAACGUUACCAAGCUACAUCUAUCAGGCUUCCCCACUACAGCAUUGCUUGAAGAGGAAUCUGAAGAAUUCCCCAUGCUCCAUAACUUGAAGGCUUUGCUCCUAGAAGGAUGUGAUCUUGGAGUGAAGCUGCAGGCAUUGACAAGCAUCCUCUGGAACACACCUGACCUGGAGAAACUUCAACUGGACAAGUGCACGUUGUUAGCUCCUCCGUUCAAGAAGAGUAAGAGGAAACAAUCUUCCAAAAAGCGUAGCUCGACAACACCUGUUUUCUGGUGCAAGAAGCUCAAAUCGAUAGAACUCAAGCACCGGUUGGAAGAUGAGCCUCACAUGUCUAAGAUUUUGUCAGAAAUUUCAGAGGGAAUGUUGCCAGCACAGUGGAUGCACAUCAAGAAAUCCAUGGCUGUUGUGUAGAAAUGAAGAGUUAGGAAUAAUAUUCCGGACAAAACUAGGGGAGCU